AUGGCGCUCAUCCUCUCCCCGCCAUUAUCCUCUGCUGGUUCGAUCCCUGCCCGUUCCAUGCUCUUUAGCAAGGCAGCAUCCUCCUGUCCAGCUUCCCACCUCGCCAGUUCCAGGUCCGCAGGGAGCUUCUCCUCACCCCUAUUCUCAGCAGAGACUCCGUUUCGCAGCCGGUGGACGAUAAACCCGCCGGUUGUCGGUCCUCCACCGCGGCCGUCGUGGAAUUGGGGCGAAGCCCGCAAUUCUUCGUCACCUUCGGUUGCAGGCGCCGCCAGUGCGAGCUACUUCAGCCCUGCGAGCGACCUGGAACUGGAUUUUGAGGAAGACGAAGGGUCUCCGUGGGAAGGGGCGGUGGUGUACAGGAGGGACCCCUCGGUGACUCACCUGGAGUACUGCACAACCCUGGAGAGGCUCGGCCUGGGGAAGCUCUCCAGCGAGCUCUCCGUGUCGAGGGCCUCCGCCAUGGGGAUCCGGGUCACCUCCUCCGGGAGGGUUAGAGCACUUGGGGACCCCUCCUUGUCGGGGACGCCCGUUCUCAUCUCCAUCGACGUCACCAGGAAGAAGCGGAAGCUUAAGCUCGACGGGAUUCUGCGGACCGUCAUCAUCCUUGGCUGUAACAGGUCAGGAGAAAUAGCACAGCAGAUGUUUGCUCGAAUGAUCCACAGAAACACUUCACCUCCGAUCGUGAGGUUCCGCCCAUUUGUUGAUCCUUUGGGAGUUGCAGGUGCGGCGGACCAGCUGCCGAGAACGUAUUCUCCAACUUCGCCCUCCUGCUCACGGAAGAUCCCAUCGCGGAACCGGAGGAGUUCGACCUGGGGACGAUCUACGGAACAGAGAAGUACAGGGGCUUCUCCAUGGGCGGCGAAGACGAAGACGAAGACGAGGAAUCGAUAGACUUGGACGAUCGGCUCUACUUCCCCUCCGACGAGAAGGCGAUCGACAUCUCCAAGAACAUCCGAGACAUCGUGCACCUCGAGAUCACGAUCAACGCGGUGUGCGAUCCCAGCUGCAAGGGGUUGUGCCUCAAGUGCGGGACGAAUCUGAACAAGAGCACAUGCAGAUGUGCCGCGGCGGACGCGGAGCAGCUCAAGGAUCUCGGUCCUCUAGGAUCCCUGAAGCAGCAGAUGCACAGGAGGUGA